UCCACCAUGUCUCCGCUGAAGACGUCAAUCCUGCUCUUAGCUCUGUUCCUCCCGUCGCUGCUGGCCACAGUGGACGAUGCCUUGGGUCUGCCCAGGACUGGCUCAUCUUCUCCAGACGGUGGCAACCGUAGCUCCAAGUGCCAGGAAGUCACCGAGUGCCAGGAAGGUGUAAUCUUACCUGUGUGGCUCCCUCAGAAUCCUUCCGUGGGAGAUAAGGUGGCCCGGGCCAUUGUUUACUUUGUGGCCCUCAUCUACAUGUUCCUGGGCAUGUCCAUCAUUGCCGACCGCUUCAUGGCCUCCAUUGAAGUCAUCACCUCGCAGGAGAGGGAGAUCACCAUUAAGAAACCCAACGGGGAGACUACAACGACCACCAUUCGUAUCUGGAACGAGACGGUCUCCAACCUCACUUUGAUGGCCCUGGGGUCGUCCGCCCCCGAGAUACUCCUGUCCAUCAUUGAGAUCGUGGGGCAUGGCUUCCAUGCAGGAGACAUGGGCCCCAGCACCAUUGUGGGCAGCGCCGCUUUUAACAUGUUCAUCAUCAUCGCCGUCUGCAUCCACGUCGUCCCUCAAGGUGAGGUACGGCGCAUCAAACACCUGCGGGUUUUCUUCGUCACGGCGGCCUGGAGCAUCUUUGCUUACAUCUGGUUGUACCUCAUCUUGGCCUGGUUCUCUCCCGGCGAGGUGGAACUGUGGGAAGGUCUUCUCACCUUCCUGUUUUUCCCAAUCUGCGUCCUCCAAGCUUGGGUGGCUGACCGCAGACUCCUCUUCUACAAGUACGUCCACAAAAGGUACCGGACGGAUAAGACGCGGAAUCUCAUUAUCGAGAGCGAGGGCGACGUCGGCUACCCGAAAAUGGACAUCGAGAUGGAUAACUCGCUCAAGGAAGGAUCGGAAGGUCUGGGCGAUACGGGGAAGGAUCAAGACGAGGAGGCCCGCAGGGACAUGGCACGCACCUUGCGUGAUUUGAAACAGAAGAAUCCCGACAAGGACAUGGAACAACUGAUCGAAAUGGCCAACUAUCAAGUACUGGUCCAGCAGCAGAAAAGCCGCGCUUUCUACCGCAUCCAAGCAACCCGUAUGAUGAUCGGAGCCGGGAAUAUCCUCAAGAAACACGCGUCCGAUCAGGCCCGCAAAGCGAUCAGCAUGCAGAAAGUCCAGACGGAGGAAGACGAAUCAGUGACCAGAGUCGGUUUCGAACCAGCUCACUAUCAGUGCUUCGAGAACUGUGGCUCUGUGGUCCUGACCGUGGCCCGUCGAGGAGGGGAUCUGGCCUGCGUCAGUGUGCGAGUGGAUUUCCGUACGGAAGACGGGACCGCGAACGCUGGCUCUGACUACGAAUUUGCAGAGGGUACCUUGCUCUUCAAGCCAGGAGAGACGCACAAGGAACUGCGAGUGGGGAUCAUUGACGACGAUAUUUUUGAAGAGGACGAGUAUUUUUACGUCCAUCUCAGCAACGUCAGGGCAGCCUGGGCCGAGCCGGGUCCGGCCCCCCCUCCGAAAGCUUGUCUCGCGCCCUCCAAGAUGGCCACUGUGACCAUCUUCGAUGACGACCACGCCGGUAUCUUUACCUUUGAGGGACCCUCUAAGCGAGUGAGCGAAAGCGUCGGCGUGGUGCACAUCAAAGUGCUGAGGACUUCGGGGGCCCGCGGGCGAGUGGCUAUCCCCUACCACACCAUCGAGGGCACGGCUAAAGCCGGCGAGGAUUACGAGGAAGUAGCCGGCAAGGUGGAGUUUCAGAACGACGAGACGGUAAGAUACAUCGAGAUUAAAAUAAUCGACGAUGAGGAGUAUGAAAAAAAUAAGAACUUCCACCUGCAGUUGGGACCCCCGGUUAUUUUGGACAUCGGAAUCCGGCACGGUGACACCAACGAGAAUCAACUGCCUGCAGGAGAGCAGGAAAAAAUUUCCAAAAUGGGGUACCCCACUUUGGGAGAAAACGCCAAACUUGAAGUUAUAAUUGAGGAAUCUUACGAGUUUAAGAGCACAGUGGACAAACUGAUCAAGAAAACCAACUUGGCGCUGGUGGUGGGAAGCAGCAGCUGGCGAGAGCAGUUCGUAAGCGCCGUCACGGUUAGUGCCGGUGACGAUGAAGACGACGACUCGGGCGAGGACCGCCUUCCUUCCUGCUUCGACUACAUCAUGCAUUUCCUCACCGUCUUCUGGAAAGUUCUGUUCGCCUUCGUGCCGCCCACCGAGUAUUGGUGCGGCUGGGCUUGCUUCCUGGUCUCCAUCUGCCUCAUCGGGGUGCUCACGGCCCUCACCGGAGACCUGGCCUCUCACUUCGGCUGCACCAUCGGCCUCAAGGACUCAGUCACGGCGGUGGUGUUCGUGGCGCUGGGUACUUCCGUGCCUGAUACCUUCGCCAGCAAGGUGGCCGCCAUCCAAGACCAGCACGCCGACGCUUCCAUCGGUAACGUAACGGGCAGCAACGCGGUGAACGUCUUCCUGGGCAUCGGCGUGGCCUGGACCAUCGCCGCCAGCUACUGGGCCAGCCAGGGGAAGCGCUUCGAGGUGCAACCGGGUACCCUGGCCUUCUCCGUCACGCUCUUCACCAUCUUUGCCUUCAUCAGCAUCGCGGUGCUGUUGUACCGCCGCCGGCCUCCUGUGGGGGGCGAGCUGGGCGGCCCCCGAAUCCCCAAACUUCUGUCCACCCUGUUUUUCGUCAGCCUCUGGCUGGUCUACAUCCUAUUAGCAUCUUUGGAAGCCUAUUGCCAUAUCGAAGGCUUCUGA